GUCUGGUGUGCAGUGCUUUUUGCAGGGAGAGUGGCUGUGCUCCCACCAGUGCAGCGGCUCUCCUACCUGUUGCCGUCCACUGCAAGCGACGAGCGGAAGUUGCAAGAGGCCCAGCGAGUUGCCGACGACUUUGGCUCGAAAGCCGAAGAGACGAAGCACGGCAACAAGAAAGUGCUUCCUGAUGGCAUUCGGCCCCGGGUGCUCAAGACCAUCAAGCAGAAGCGGCUCGCCGCGCGAGAGGAGCUCAAGGCGGUGCUCCAUACGAUAUCCCUUGCAGGGAUGGAACUGCAGAAGCCGGACCAUGUGUUGCGACCCGCGGACUCUUCCAGCGGAGAGGUUCGGCUCUUCAGGGGCAACCAGCCUUUCCUUUGGAGUCCGAGCACAGGAAAUGGCCACUGGGACAUGGUGCUCGAGUCGCAGCAGAACAGGUUGCGGCUUGUUCUGAGUCCUGACGAAGGCGGCCCACUUUGGGCUGCCUUCACUUGGAUGGCGAACCAGGGCUACAAGAUCAACUUCAUCAGGGACGAGCU